ACGUUUGGCGCCCCCUCGAGGUGAACAAAUUAACUGCCUCGAUAACCCGGAAAUACAUUCUAUCUCCUUUGGUUGCACGUGCAGAAGUCCUGCUCGGUCCAACAUGGGAAAGUCCAAACAGACCGGAAAUCAUAAGGGCGACAAGAAGAAGAACAUCGCUAAGAAGUGGAAGACGAAGCGCCGGACCAAAGAUUUGGACCAGAUACACUCGGACAUGAAGCCGGAAACCGCGGCCAAGCUGCUGCGUCAGGACGUGGACUAUGAUGUAACGGGAUGCGCACAACACUAUUGCUUACACUGCGCGCGAUACUUUGUCGACAUGCGAUCCUUGAAGGAGCAUUUUAAAACCAAAGUACAUAAGAAGCGGUUGAAGCAGCUGAGGGAGGAGCCGUACUCGCAGGCGGAGGCAGAGCGCGCCGCAGGGAUGGGAUCCUACAUCGCCCCGAAAACCAUAGAAGUGAAAACGCAACCAGUGGAGGAAAACAUGGACUGAACGCUGCUUAUUGGACGGACUCUCAUUAACAGAAUCCUUCUGUUAUUUAUUAUGAUCACAAAGCUGCUAUUUUUAUGACAGCUUGUAACUUUCUGUAAACAUGGAAUAAUAAAGUAAAAAACUACAUAUUAAAAUGUUAAAAUUCUAGCUUUCUCUGAAAUUGCAGAAUAAUUCUUAAAAGUAAUUAAUUAUUCUAAUUUUGAGUUGAUGUAAUUUUGCAGUAUACAAAUAAAAAACUGAUUUGGUAA